AUGGGAUCAGGUUUUUCUCACAAUCACCGGAGCAGCGUCUCUCCUCAGCAGCAGCCGUCGUCGGCCCGCGUCAUCGCUACCGAUGGCUCGCUGACGGAAUUUUCUGCCUCCUCACCUGUCAGCGUCUCUGAUGUUCUCGGCGAUAAUGCGGGGCCCCGGUUCUUCGUGUGCAGCUCUGAUGCGCUCUACUUCGAUGAGGACGCGGCGGCGCUCGGCGGCGGCGAGCUGCUCCUGCCCGGCCAGAUAUACUUUGUUCUCCCCGUGGCCUUGCUCGGGCGGCCACUGUCGAGCGUUGACAUGGCAGCCAUGGCAGUGCGCGCUAGCCAGGCGCUGGCGACGGCGAGGGCGAGGCUAGCUCGCGGCGUCAGGAUGUCACGAGUCGCGCCGGUGCACGCCGAGACGGGGCUCUGCGAUGUCCUCAACGGCGAAGUGAAUGAGAAGCUGAACGAGAGGAAUCUCGGGGAGGACUCUUUGACAGGUUUGGGUAGUCCGACGAGAAAUUGUAAGAGGUUGGCCGUGGCAGAGCCGGUCAAGAGGGUGCCCACGCCGUUGGGCACCAUCGAAGAGGAUGCCGAGUGA